AGAAGUGCUGAGAUUUCACUGAUCUGAGCAUUCUUGCCCUGUGUUUAAUAUUGCUGCCUGUCACCUAAAACCAACAGACCAGCUAUGCUGCUUUUGUUGGAAUCUCUAGUUCUUUUCCAUAGAAGGUACACCACAGAUAUGCUGAUGGCAGUGCUCCUGUUCCUGCUCCUGCCACCCCUCACCCACUCCCACGAGGUGUCCUGGACAUAUCAAGGAGAAGGAGAGCUGGAUGAGGAGCACUGGGGCCAGCAUUUCCCAGCCUGUGCUGGCAAGCAGCAGUCCCCAAUUGACAUCCAGAGGAGGAAGGUGAGGUACAACCCCCUGCUGCAGCUGGAGCUCACUGGCUACGAGGGGCCCUUGCAGGGCCACUUCAGGAUGACCAACAAUGGCCACUCUGUGCAGAUCGACCUGCCCCCCACCAUGAGCAUCUCCCGAGGGCUGCCAGGCCUGUACAGAGCAGUGCAGAUGCACCUGCACUGGGGGGGGCUGGAGCUGGAGAGCAGUGGCUCGGAGCACACCAUCGACGGCAUGCGCCACUUCGCCGAGCUGCACAUUGUCCACUACAACUCUGCAAACUACUCCAGCUUUGAAGAAGCCAAAGACAAGCCCCAGGGGCUGGCUGUGCUGGCCUUCCUGUACACGGAUGGGCACUUUGAGAACACCUACUACAGCGAAUUCAUUUCCAAACUGGCAAGGAUCAGGUUUGCAGGUCAAUCAACAACUCUCAGCUCUCUGGAUGUCCAAGCCAUGCUGCCAGAAAACCUGUCCCAGUUCUACAGGUACCAGGGCUCCCUGACCACACCUCCCUGCUCUGAGAGCGUCAUCUGGAGCGUCUUCCACUCGCCCAUCGUGCUGUCCCACACACAGGAUGGGCACUUUGAGAACACCUACUACAGCGAAUUCAUUUCCAAACUGGCAAGGAUCAGGUUUGCAGGUCAAUCAACAACUCUCAGCUCUCUGGAUGUCCAAGCCAUGCUGCCAGAAAACCUGUCCCAGUUCUACAGGUACCAGGGCUCCCUGACCACACCUCCCUGCUCUGAGAGCGUCAUCUGGAGCGUCUUCCACUCGCCCAUCGUGCUGUCCCACACACAGAUCCAGCUCCUGGAGAACACCCUGCUGGACUGGCACAACCGGACCCUGCGCAACGAUUACCGGCACGCGCAGCCGCUGUGGGGCCGCGUGGUGGAGGCCUCCUUCCCAGCCCAGCGUGCCCAGGCACAGUGCCAUCCAGAGGAAUUCACCCUCAGGCUGGAUCAAAUCCAGAUGCAGCUCCAGGACUUGAGGACAGAGUUGCUGAAUGGACUGAGCCACACAGAUACAAAAUGCAGCACCUUUCCAGCUUUCUAUUUCCCUGUGGAGAACAUAGAGAGCUUUGUGGAGGUGCAUCCCCUCCGUGCUGUGUCUCUCCAAGCCUUCACCCUGUGCUUCUGGAGCAGAGCCCAGCCCGUUGGCAGCCAGACCGUCCUGUCCUACUCCACCGGGGAGAGUGACCACGAGCUGGUGGUGACUGUGGGCACAGAGCUGGGGCUGUGGGUAGGAGGCCACUUCCUGAGCUUCCCCCUGCAGCAGGAGGCUCGGGGCUGGCUGCACCACUGCGUGACCUGGUGCUCCCAGGAGGGCACAGCCAACCUCUGGCUGAACGGGGCGGCUGGCAAAGCCCAGAGCCUGCAGCAGGGCUAUGUGAGCCAGGCUGGGGGCACGGUGCUCCUUGGCAAGGCCAGGGAUGCUCUGCUGGGCACCUUCUCCAACGGCUUUGCAGGGUGGCUGAGCCGGCUGGGCCUGUGGGGCCGAGUGCUGGGCGCCGCCGAGAUCCGGGCGCUGGCGCUGUGCAGGGCCCAGCCCAGGGGGGACAUCAUUGCCUGGGGACAAACCCCCAUGGCCCUGCUGGGGGGGGUGCUGCUGCAGCCUGACACCAGCUGCCACUGACACAGCCUCUGCUGCUCUCAGGGCAGCAGGAGAGUCCCAGCUGCUGCUGGGGAAAAACCCUCAUUGUCUGCUCCUUCCGCCUCCUGCUUUGUAUGGCUCACUGUGCACCUCCUGGUGUGUUUUUCCAGGACACCAAAACCUCCAUCAGUGAGAUAAAAGCAAAGAACUGCAGAAUCUGCACCCUGGGUUGUUACAUCCCUCCCAGGGGGUUGAUGUAGACCCCCGUACACAGAUUUUUUUUUUUUUCAUGCCAAAGUGCUGCUC